GUAGAAAUAAAAUAAAAUACCAUCUUAUGAUUAAAAGACUCACCGAAUGUUCAGGGUUAUUGUGCUUAUUGACACUAAGGAUUGUCGAACGUUUUUUUUUUCCUUUUUUCCCUUUUAUUGCCAUUAUCCUUUCUUGCUUGUGGUAAUUUUCAAUGGCAUUUCGAGAUUAUAGCAUUAAAGCAUAGAGGUAAAAACCAUGCCUAAAGUAGCCUAUGAAUCCCCUGGAAAGAUCAGGAGGCGAGGUAGAGCUUGGAUAUAUCACCGAGGACCACUAGCCAAAAUAUCCCACCAAAAAUGGCCAUUAGAGACCGAUGAUGGAGGGCAUAGUACAUAUGGCAAUGGGAAUUAUCCAGAUAUAGACGCGAUGAAAAUAUAUCAAAUUCAGCAAGACGGGAUAUCAGAGUUUGAUGUAACUAAAAGACAAUUUUUAUUCAAGCGAGUUCAAAGAUACGCCAGUCGAUGGCAGCGAGGAGAGUUUGUUUACCAUUAUGUCCCUGAACUUGCACAUAGGCGCUUCUCUUCGCCUUAUCCAGAGGUCAUCCUAGCUCAUAACUUAUCAGAGUACCAUUGCCCUUUUCAGGGGAAGCUUGGCCUCCUUUAUAAUGGCUCGAUCGGCUUAGACCAUUUAUCCAACUCUAAAUCCAGAGCGGAAAGUCCGUGCUUUUCGCAACACAGACGUACGACAAAUGAGACGGAAAAAACUGAUAAGCCGCUCUAUAGUAUCGGGAAAGAUUCACCUCCAUUAUCUCCCGCCGAAGGUCAAACCAACAGCAUCCCGAAGCAAGAAGAACAUAGCGCGGGCGAACUUCCAGAACUCGAAAAUGUGGAGAACCCGAGCACUGGAAGAUUAUAUAAAAUCGAGAGAAACCACAAAGACCAGCAUUUUACUACAGGCAUUAGGAGACGAGGGGUAUCACCAGCACAGCUUUCACGGCCGUUAGGCUCUGGAGAGGUUACAUAUGGGAAAAUACCCCAGAACAACCAGAAUAUACAAUCUAACAAUGGCGGUGGGUGUCCAAGGAAGAGGUGGUUGGCAUGUCCCUGGUAUAAGAAAGACCCCUUGAAAUACUCCAGUUGCGCAAAAUACAAACUAUUGCGCAUCAAGGACGUGAAGCAACAUACCUACAGGAGGCACAUGAAACCUACCAUCUACUGCUCUGUUUGCUUCCGAGUAUUUUCAAGAGAGAAGGAGAGAGACAGGCACACGCAAAAGAACAUUUGCACCCCCAGGAGCAAGCCAGAAUUCGACGGACUAUCAGAGCAGCAAAGAAAGGAGCUAAACCAAAGUGCCAACCGUGGGAGAAACGACACGGAGCGAUGGUAUUGCAUGUGGGAUACAAUUUUCCCCGGCGAACGCCGACCUCUACUGCCGUACCUCGGAGUCGGUCGGCAGGAAUUACUACCGCUGCUUCGGAGUUUUUGGAACCAGCGACACCAGGAGAUCAUAAGCAACGUCCUGCAGGGAUCAUCAUCACAACGCAAGCUAUUAGAACCCGAAAUGGUCCAAAACGUCAUGGAUACCAUCUUUGACAGAUUCGAAGCUGAAUCCCUAAUCUGGGACUCCUACCCCAAUGAGCCGUCGGGCGAUGAAUCGUCCGAGACUUCUGACCGUCGAGCACAAUCUCCAGGGACCUCGAACGAUAUUACUAUAGGAGUCUCGCCCCCUCAACAAGACAUCACAGAUUACGGGACGUUGUACGAGCCCUCGGGGCACCAGCCCGGUUUAGAGUCCAAUUUUGCUUUGGAGCACACGAGCGAGAGUGAUUUCGAGAAGGACUUCGAUAAUUGGUCUGGGAUUGACUUAUCUCAAUGUGGCAUAGAAUAUCCGUAUUGAAACUCUUAUUCUAGAAUGCAGGCUCUUGGAAGUCCAGCGUCUUAAGCGGUGAAACAUAAUAGCUAUCUCAAAAGUUUGGUUGAUAAAUCACUUACUAGUAAUGAGUGUAAGCGGAGAAAGUUAGACUAUAAAAAUGAUUUAUUUCAUUUAUAUUUACCUAUGUAUAUACUCAACUCUUUCUCAUCUCAUACCUUGUACCUAAUGAUUUUACUAUCCCCUUAACUAGCAUAAGACAGCACCCCCCCCUUAGUGAUCGGUGGAGUCAACGCGAUUCAUUAACAUAAAAGGAAAAGAAAAAGAACUUGCGAUAUGCCUCUAUAAUAAAUAUAAUUGGCCGAUCUAAUACCG